AUUCAUUCAACUUUGUGCCGCGCAGUGCGUAGUUCGUUCCCUCAGUCAGUCAGUUCCUUCGCGACGUACGAAAGAGAUCAGCCAUCAGCCUCAGCCAGCGAUCUGAUCUAACUAUUCCCAGACAAACAGAUCCAUACAGACCCACAUCGUUAAGUACGUGACUCGAGACCACAGAGUCCACCGGAUUCCAGCAACCGUCGCGUAAUUCCAGCUUCCAGCUGCCACAACCAACACACAGCAUUCCACCCGUUUGGUUUCCCCAGCAGUAGCAGUCAGCAUCGUCGUAACAUUUCCGCUCUCUCCCAUUGGGUGUUUGCCUUAAAGUGCGCCAUAAACCAAAAAGUCAACAGCAGCAGCAGCAGCAGCAGUACGGCCCACCCAAAACGCCCACAACACCAUAGGGAGAAAUCACAGAUAGAGCGGCACCAGCAGCAGCAGCAGCAGAAAAAAACGAUAGUGUCUGACGGAAGCAGCGUUGCCGCAUUUCACCAGGAAAAAACCAACCAACUGGCAACACUCACCGCAAUUAACGGUGUUAUCUGGCGAGAGAUAGCGAUUAGACGAAAGAGAGUGUACACCGAGCAAAAGCUCCAACAAACAAACACAACACACGGCAACUCCCCCACUGACAGACAGCCAGACAGACAGAGAGAGAGAGAGCGAGUGAGAACGAGCAAGUCAGUCAGUGUCAGGUCCCCCCAUUUGUUGGUUGGGCGAGAGAGCGAGUCAAAGAGAGAGAGAGAGCGUGUGAGCCCAGAGCAGAGAGUGAAGUGAGGUGAGAGAGAGAGAGCAGUGAGUACAGUGAGUACAAUACGCCGAAAAAGUCACCGAAAAGCACCCGAGGGAGAAGCCAGCCGCACAUACCGCCCGUCAAAAUGUUUGCUGUAAUGCGAAUCGACAACGAUGACUGCCGGUCGGACUUCCGUCGCAAGAUGCGUCCGAAGUGCGAGUUCAUUUGCAAGUACUGCCAGCGGCGUUUCACCAAGCCAUACAACCUGAUGAUCCACGAGCGCACCCACAAAUCGCCGGAGAUCACAUACUCGUGCGAGGUCUGCGGCAAGUACUUCAAGCAGCGUGAUAAUCUUCGCCAGCACAGAAAUCUACACAAGGACACCUGUGGGCGUGGCGGCUAUGGGAGGUAGAAGAAACCACUAAAGGAAUCGGUGGAACAUUUAUUCCUAGCAACAAUAACCGAUAGAGCUUUCGCUUAAGCCACAUUAAACACACAACAUAAUCACUCGAUCCAGCAGUAUUCGGGGAUGAUCCAACACACCCCCUAGAGGAUCCGUCAACCCAGCAGCAUAUUUCUAUACAGCAUUAUUAACCGCUAGAGCAACAAUAACCGAAACAGCAAGCCGGAAGGAAGCAACAUUUAACCGCCACCAACUUGUUGCCAGAAUCAUUCUCCAGUGGGGCUAACAUUGCCAGCGAAAGUGCAAUUAAGCUUCAGCUUCUUGUGCUUUCCAUACUAACGGUAACGAAAGCCACACACAGUGCAACAUUUAGACAUAGAAAGAAACCAUCAGCUGCAAUUAUCUUGCCUUAAAAAUUGAACAUUUACCCCCUGCCCCCUCGCUAUAUUUGUAUGAAUAAUGAAAUUAAUUAAAACUUAAUAAUAAUACUACAAAAGACACCCACACACACACAGACACAUGCCCUAAAUGAUAAGUAUUUUUAUUUUAAAAUCAAAAAUGAAAAUAAAACACGUUGAAAAUGUAUUACAUAAAAUUAAUCAUAAUAUUAAUCAUAAACCAUAAACAAAAACAUUAUCAAGUAAAUACUACGAUAUGCGAUUGUUUUGUUUAAGUUUAAAUUUUAAAAGAAUAAAAACAGAAAAUAUUUGCUAAAAAAAAUCACAAAAACAAAACAAAAAUUUAAACAAAAAAUUACCCCGAAAUUGUUUUUGUUCUUUUUUAUUUCUUUUUUUAAGUGCCCGGCAAUAAGAUUGUACAUGUUUUUCCGCUAUUUAUACCAUUUAAAUAUACCUACUAUAUAAAGCAAAUAAAAUAAUUAGAAAGUGCAGACAGUGUAAAAUUCUAGACAUUUUCUGUUUUAUUCCCCAAUAAAUCAGCUAAAAAAUAAA